GUAGGAUAGAAUACCUGUAUGUCUCUAGUAAUGAACUUGGAUUGUGCACCAGAACACAACAAUAUGGUUUAAAUGUUGACUGCUUUAUUAGGUCUUUGUCAGUUAAUAACCUGUUUCUCCUACAGUGUGGAUCAUGGUGGAGAGUGCUGGCUGAAAUCAGGGCUGAGGAAAUAUGCCUGUCAUCUCACCCUGGACCCAAAUACAGCAAACCCAAACCUGAUACUGUCUGAGGGGAACAGGAAGGUGACAUUGGUGGAAAAGAAGCAGCAUUAUGAAGACCAUCCAGACAGAUUUGACUGUCAUCUCCAAGUUCUCUGCAGAGAAGGCUUAUCUGGAGGUCGUUAUUACUGGGAGGUGGAGAGGGAUGGUGACAGGGCUAUCAUUGGUGUAGUGUACAAAGGAAUAAACAGGAAGGGAUUUGAGGGUGACCGUAGGAUUGGACACAAUAAGGAGUCCUGGUGUUUAUACUGCUCUGAUAGUGGUUAUAACUUUUACCAUGCUGGAGUCGUCAGAAUCAUCUCUGGUCCUGAUUCUAACAGAGUUGGAGUGUAUCUGGACUGGCCAGCUGGUACUUUGUCCUUCUAUAGUGUAUCCUCCUCUGGUACACUGUCACACCUUUACUCAAGACACACCACAUUCACUGAACCCCUCUAUCCUGGAUUUAUAAUGUACUCCUCCCCUUACUCCUCCUUCUCAGUGACUCUGUGUCAGAUAGAUGACCAACACAUUCAGAGGUGAGUCAUAGAUAUGUUUUAUCAUUUGUUUUCCUCUGGAUUCAUUCCUACAAUUAGAUUAGUAGUAGUGGUGUGUUUUAAUAUGU